GAGAACGUGUUUGCCGGGCAGUCAAAGAUCUAUUCCUACAUGAGCCCAAACAAAUGCUCUGGAAUGCGUUCCCCCCUUCAGGAAGAGAACUCAGUUGCACAUCAUGAAGUGAAAUGCCAGGGGAAACCAUUAGCUGGGAUCUACAGGAAGCGAGAAGAGAAAAGAAAUGCUGGGAGUGCCAUACGAAGCGCUGUGAAGUCCGAGGAACAGAAGCUCAAAGACGCCAGGAAGGGUCCCCUGGCACCUUUUCCAAACCAAAAAUCUGAAGUAGCAGAACCUCCAAAAACUCCAACCUCGUCUUGUGAUUCUACCAAUGCAGCCAUCGCCAAGCAAGCCCUGAAAAAGCCUCUCAAGGGCAAACAGGCGCCUCGGAAAAAAGCUCAAGGGAAAACGCAACAGAAUCGCAAACUCACGGACUUCUACCCAGUCCGGAGAAGUUCGAGGAAGAGCAAAGCCGAGUUGCAGUCGGAAGAAAGGAAAAGAAUCGAUGAGUUGAUCGAGAGCGGGAAGGAGGAAGGCAUGAAGAUCGACCUCAUCGACGGCAAAGGCAGGGGUGUGAUUGCCACCAAGCAGUUCUCCCGGGGUGACUUUGUGGUAGAGUACCACGGGGACCUCAUCGAGAUCACCGAUGCCAAGAAGCGAGAGGCUCUGUAUGCACAAGACCCCUCCACGGGCUGCUACAUGUACUACUUUCAAUAUCUCAGCAAAACCUACUGUGUGGACGCCACGAGGGAGACGAACCGCCUGGGCCGGCUGAUCAACCACAGCAAGUGUGGGAACUGCCAGACCAAGCUGCACGACAUCGACGGCGUGCCGCACCUCAUCCUCAUCGCCUCGCGCGACAUCGCGGCCGGGGAGGAGCUGCUGUACGACUACGGGGACCGCAGCAAGGCAUCCAUCGAGGCCCACCCGUGGCUGAAGCACUGACCGCCCGCCCGCCCGCGCUCCUCAAGGACAAAGUGCCCUCAAAGGGAAAUGGGGUGUUUUUGUUUUUGUUUUUACACACUUAGUCUUAGCAGAUUACUUCAGAUGUUUUUAAAAAAAGUAUAUUAAGAUGCCUUUUCACUGUAGUAUUUAAAUAUCUGUUACAGGUUUCCAAGGUGGACUUGAACAGAUGGCCUUAUAUUACCAAAACUUUUAUAUCCUAGUUGAUUUUGUACCUUUUUUGCAUACAAGUCGAACGUUUGUGCUUCCGUGCAUGCAGUCAGAGACUCGGCACAGGUUUUAGAGGAAGGAGUCGAACAUGAACUCGGAAGCCGGGCGAGAGCCUCCUGCCUCGGCCUCAGAGCCAGGACCCGCCCACCCCACACCCAGGACAGGCAAGGCGGCGCGGGGGACCACCCACUCCACCCCCACCCUGCAGCCUGCCUGGGGUGUCUCCAAGCUCUUGCUCUCCUCAUGUCUGAUAGGCGCACCGUGAAGCGUAUGAAUCUUUUUUAAAAGAAGGGUUCGCAGUAAGCUCGUCUUCCCCUCUGCUUUCUUGAAAGCUUCCUGGGCCCAGGCGCACGGGCCAGGCAUGAACUCGCUCUUCCAUAGACUGCUGCUUUUCGGGGUUCCCCAGGGCACUGGGGGCGCUCACGCUAGAGGCCGGCAGGGCUGCCCGAAUCUGGGUUCAUUCUUUAUAGAAAUGUGAACACUGAAUUUAUUUUAAAAAAUAAUAAUAAUAAAAACUUAAAAAACCAAAAAAAACUUUAAAAAAGAAAAAGGAAAAAAAAAAAG